AUGUCCGCCGCCUCCGUCCUCGCCGUCGUUGCUCUCGCCUUCGCCUCUGCCAGUGCUGCCGAGCAGCACCAGGUCACUCUCACCAACGACUGCGGCUACGGCACGCCCCGUUUCCUCUACCAAGGCAACGGGAGCCCGCAGGGUGCGGCCACGAUCCAGGGAGAGCUUAACGGCGGUAUCGCGUGGCUUGACAACGGCGCCUUGUGCUCGACCAACGGCGUCGGCUGCGGCGCCGUCGAGUUCACACUCCAGAACACUGGCUUAUCGCAGGCCGACAUCACGCUCGAGCCCGAAGGCAAUCACAACUACCUCCACCCAAUCGGCUUCAACUUCAUCAACGGAUGCAACACCGGCCUGUCUUGCAACAACCCCGACUGCGUCGACCAGGCAUCAUUCAGCUCGACCCAGGUCCCGCUCGUCGACUGCGAGGCCGACGACUCUGGCAUCAGUGUCAUUUUCUGUUAG